AGCUGACAGAUGGAGACUCUGAUCCUUUGGAAUCUUUGGAGCCAGUUCUUAACAGCCAUAAUGUCUUAUCAGUUUCUAAACUGGCAUCCAAAAUUCCUAGGAAAGAUGGCACAAUGCUUUCAGCAAACCUUAUCUAUGCCACAUGGCUUCGUAAGCUUUUCUGGACUGGAGAUAUCCAGCUUAUUAAAAAACCAGCACAGGAAGAAGCUGAAUGGUUGCAUGCCUAUGAUACAUGUGCAAAAUAUUUCGACAAGCUUUUCCCUGAAGACAUUAUUGGACUAAUAGAUGACUUCACCUUUUCUGAAAAUUCCGUGAACAAGCUGAAUGUUCAAGCUAGGUUGGAUAUUAAUAAAAGAGCAAUGAAAGCAAUCAAACAGGCUAGUGAGAAGCAGCAGAAAAAGGCUUUUGAAGGCAACAUCCCACCUGCUUCGAAUUCCCAAGUCAGCUAUGAAGAGACUUUGACUCAUCUACAGCAAUCACUUGCUCAUCUAGAAACACUCAACCACAGCUUUGUACAUUCCCUAAAGGCAAACAACCAGGCCCUGUUUCAAAAAUACUAUCAGCUUUAUGACCUUUCGAGAUCUGAAAGUAGUAAACUGCACAACCUGGCAGUCACUGUGGUUCUAGAUGGACAACCUCUUGACAUAAUGCAGCAGAUGCUCCGAGUUGCUGUGGAAUCUCGAGACAUAUCCCCUAAAGCUGUUGUACAAGAUGCUGUACAGACAGUUAUAAAUGUGCUAAGUGGUACCAGUACAGAGAUCCUACCAGAAAAGGAUCCACUUCAGGUCCUCGAAGGUAUUGUCAAAUCCGUGCAUUCCAAUGUUGUGGAUGGGGGUACCCUUGUUUCUUCGGAUGACCUCUUGACAUGGCUGAGACCUUUUUGCAGUGAUGCAGAUUUGCCUGUAAAGCCUCGUAUUUAUGUUCUGCAAGUUCUUGAGCAGGCAUUUGCUCUCAGUGAUGAGGACAGCAAGUUACUUGUGCUCUUCAGAACCCAAGCUGUUCUGAAAGCGUGCUGGCCGGAGAAACAGGUUAAUGUAAAUGACAUUGAGAAUGAAGAGAAACGUUUCUUGCUCUUUUUGGAGUUGCUUGAUUCCAGUAACCACAGGACUAAAUUUCAGCAUUUGGUGAUGCUUCUUCAGGCUUGGCCACCCAUGCACAAUGAAGAUAUGUUCACAUGUUUUACGCAAGAUUUCGUAUUCAUCAAAUGUCGGUGUGUGUGUUGUAAAAUCAGCCAAAAUCUACAAAUGAAACAGAACCUGAACUAAUUGAAUUGCCCCAAUGAAAUUUCAAGAUACUUUCAGCCAAUGGAUUCUUUCUGCAUCUGAAGUUUGAAUGUUCAGAGUAAC